AUGACGGACUUUGUCCAGAAAACCCACAGAGCGCCCUAUGAAGAAAUCAACCCCCGGCUUCCAAAUUUAAGCCAGCAACGCCGCACAAUACUUAUCACCGGCGGCUCCUCGGGCAUAGGAUUUGCCAUUGCGCGCGCCUUCGCCCUCGCCGAUGCUGAUCGAGUGAUUAUCCUCGGGCGUCGAGAAGCAGCCGUCACAGAGGCCGUUUCUUCGCUGCGCUCCGAGCUGCCUUCCUCCUUCCAGGGCCAGAUAUCAGGUCGCGUCUGUGACAUUUCCGAUCAAGCACAUAUUGACGACCUGUGGGACCAGCUCGCACGGGAUAAUGUCGAUGUUGAUGUCGUCGUCCUGAAUGCGGCGAGCUUCUCCCAGGUGAAGCCGGUGCUAGAUCUGGGAGUCGAUACGCUGCUGGCCGAUUACCGGGUGAAUGUGCUAGCUCCGUACCGGUUUGCGCAACGAUUAUCGAGACAAAAUGCGAGCAAGAAGAAGUACCUGAUCAAUGUAUCCACAAUCGCAAUCCACAAUUUCGACAUGGCACCGAAUAAUCUGAACUACGGCGCAAGCAAGAACGCAGCUGCUCUUCUUCUGCAGCUUAUCGCCAGAGACGUGCCACCCAGCGACUUGCAGAUUGUUAGCUUCCACCCGGGCGCUGUCCUGACCGAGACAGCUAGAAGCCAUGGAUACGAUGAGAAUACCCUGCCAUGGGACGACGGCUCGUUCAAGCUCCGCGGCGCAAUGUCCAAACUGUCGGCCUCCUCCGCGAGCGGCAAGAAUCUAAUCACCGCAUCCUCCGGUAACCACGGUAUUGGCGCUGCUUGCGCGGCUCAGACGCUGGGCAGGGACCUCACUGUCGUCCUUCCGGAAAAUGUCGUGCCUGCGAAGCUAGAGAAAAUCAAAUCGUACGGUGCGGUACCCUCUGUGCACCGUUUGGUAGCCUAG